AUGACUACUGAAUAUAAGCAAGGUUUAAUCGUCACUGCCAAACAAACAUACUAUCCAAUUGAACUCUCCAAUUCGGAAUUAUUAGCACAUUAUGAAACAAUCCAAGAAUAUAACCAGGACAUCUUAUCCAAUAUUGUUUCUCAAUCAUGUAAAUUUAAGCCAGAUCCCAAAUUAAUUGAUCAGCAACCAGAAUUGGAUCCUCAUACUUCUAGAUCAAUAACCAUCACAUUCCUAUUUGAAUUGUCCAUAAUGACCCGAGUAACCAACGGUAUUUUUUUCCAAGCUGUGAGAUUGUUUGAUCGUUAUUGUUCCAAGAGAGUCGUUCUUAAGGAUCAAGUAAAAUUAGUUCUUGCUACUUGUCUAUGGCUUGCAGCUAAGACAUGGGGUGGGUGCAACCACAUCAUUAACAACGUCACCGUCCCCACAGGUGGUAGGUUUUAUGGUCCAAAUCCAAGAGCAAGAAUCCCCAGAGUUUCAGAAUUGGUUCAUUAUUGUGGCGGUAGUGAAGUGUUUGAUGAAUCCAUGUUCAUGCAAAUGGAGGGUCACAUUCUAGAUACUUUGAAUUGGGAUGUUUACGAGCCAAUGAUUAAUGACUAUAUCUUAAACGUGGAUGAAAACUGUUUAAUCCAAUACGAAUUGUACAAGAGUCAAGCUGAAUAUGCAGAAAAAUUAUCUCAGAACCGUAAUUCUCAAUUGUCACAGGACAGUGAUGCUACAGUGGAUGAAGAAGAUGAAGAUUCCUCCAUGAAGGAUGAAGACCAAGAAUUGAAUUCCAAGAUCAAAUUAAUUGAAUUGAAAAAAUUCUUAAUCGAUUUGUCUACUUGGCAGUACGAUCUACUCAAAUAUGAAUUAUUUGAAAUGUCUCAUGGAAUAUUCACAAUGAUUAACAGAUUUACCAAUCAAGAUCAAACUCCAUUCUUAGCUUUCCCCAUUCCAUCUACUAAUACACAGGCUCAAAUAUUAAACAUAUUCAUUAAAGGUAUCUGUAACGUCCCACAUUCCUUACUAGAAGUCUACAAGGGUAAAGAUGGUAUAAUGCAAUUUAUUUCCAUUGUCAAUGAAUAUCAAAGGAAAUUGGAAAUUUCUUCAGCCAUGGAUCUCAGCAGGAAAAAUUCAUUCAGAUCAGGCUAUUAUGAUCCUCAAACAAUUAUUGCAUGUUCUCCAAUAUAUUCAAGAAAUGGUACCCCAAUCAGAAACGUUUCCGCAAGCUCAGAUAUUAGUGUCUUCAGUAACAUUGAACAAUCGUCACCACUCACUCCACAAAUGUCUGGUACAUACGCUCAAUUCAAGAAUGAAAGUGCAUGUGGUAGUGUCAUCAGUGUGAACAGUGUUACGAACCAUAACAUUAAUAGCAUGAAUAAGGGAUCAUACACGGAUUGCAUGGAUUAUAAUAAAGAAAACAGAAUACCGAACUCUUUAAGCCAAGUGCCACCAAGAGCUAAAUUUAUUAACACUGGUGUAUUCCACUCACCAACUGAUACGAUACAUAGUGGAACUAACAUUAGCGAUAAUUCAUCACUCACUUCUUUAGGAAUUUCUAACAUCUAUGAAAAUGUUGCUUGA